AUGAACGUCGAUACCCCCUCUCUACCAAAGACAUCAAGCAUUGUCAUCCUCGGCGCGGGCACAUUUGGAAUCAGUACCGCAUAUCACCUUGCCAAGCGUGGCUACACCAAUGUCAGAUGCCUCGAUCGUCACCCUAUUCCCAGUCUUGAUUCUGCGGGGUACGACCUGAACAAAAUCAUCAGAACGGAAUAUGAUGAGCCGCUGUACACCGAAUUGGCUCUUGAAGCACUCAAUGCUUGGAGGUGUCAAGAGUGGCAAGGGAUCUUCCAUGAGACGGGUCGCAUCGUGACGACUUUAGGGGACCCGCUGGCAGAGCAGCACCUCAAAGAGUCGUACGAGAAUCUCAAAAAGGCUGGUCAGGCUGGCAGCCUUGAAAUGGUGGAGGGCAAAGAGCAGAUUGCCAAGCACGUUCCUCAGCUCCGCGGCGCAGACGGAAUCGAGAACUGGAAGGGACUUUGGAACAGCCAAGGCGGCUGGGCACAUGCGAAGAAGUCUCUCGAGAAAUGGGGCAAAGAAGCGCAGGACAUGGGCGUCGAGUUCAUAUCGGGUCCCAAAGGCACCAUGACUGGGCUGAGCAUUGACAGUUCAGGCAGGCUUGACGGGAUCAAAGUCGCCUCUGACGACGUGGUUCGCGGGGAUCGAUAUAUCCUUUGUACUGGAGCGGCGUCACCAGAGGUACUGCCAGAGUUAUCCCGGGAGAUGUGGACGAAAUGCUGGUCCCUGGCCCACAUCGAGUUGAGUGAUGAAGAGGUUGUUCAGUGGAAGGGGAUCCCCGUAGUCGACAAUUUUGAGCUGGGCUUCACAUUCGAACCGGAUCCAGAAACCAAGUGGAUGAAGAUCUGCGACGGAUCCCCAGGCUACCAGUACCAAGUCGGCACUUACACCGACCCCUCGGGCAAGGUGGAACACUACUCGAUCCCUCGCUACGCGAGCACGCACCCCGACGACGGAAUCCCCGACGAAGCAGCUACGGCUAUCAAUCGCUUCAUCGACACGGUCAUGCCGCAAUUCUCGGGUCGGCCGCUUCUGGGCGCACGGGUGUGCUGGUGCACCGACUCUCCCGACUCCCACUGGCUCAUUGAUAACCACCCGAAGCACCCAUCGCUACUACUGGCCACAGGCGACUCUGGACACGCGUUUAAGAUGUUCCCCAUCAUCGGCGACUACAUUGCAGAUGCUUUGGAGGGGAAAGAAAGGGGGUUGAGGAGGGAGUGGAAGUAUGGCAACAGAAAGUCGAAGCCUGUGGCUACGAGGCCUGGUACAGAGGUGAAAGACCUACGAGAUAUGCUGCACUUGACAAGUGCAUGA